AUGGCAGAGUCCUCUGAGUCCUCCCGAGUCCCGGCCACUCACACCGGAGGUGACCGGAAACUCCGUGCCGGCGGCGUGGUCCGCUCGGUCCUGACCUUCCCGCCCCCCGCCCCCGCGACACACUGGGCACCCGCGGGUGCCUACGACCCGCAGCCCCGCGGCGACGCGGCCCCGGGUGGAGGGAAGGGCCGACGCGACCACGCCAGGCGACCCGCGCGCUCGGGCCACCGCGGGAACUGGGGGGCCCGCGGCGAGGGCGAGCCGUGCGGGGGCGGCGGCGCCGGCAGAGGGCACUGCGCGCCGGGCAUGGAGUGCGUGAAGAGCCGCAAGAGGCGGAAGGGUAAAGCCGGGGCAGCAGCCGGCGGCCCGGGGGUGAGCGGCGUGUGCGUGUGCAAGAGCCGCUACCCGGUGUGCGGCAGCGACGGGAACACCUACCCCAGCGGCUGCCAGCUGCGCGCCGCCAGCCUGCGGGCCGAGAGCCGCGGCGAGAAGCCCGUCACCCAGGUCAGCAAGGGCACCUGCGAGCAAGGUCCUUCCAUUGUGACACCUCCCAAGGACAUCUGGAAUGUCACCGGUGCCCAGGUGUACUUGAGUUGUGAGGUCAUCGGAAUCCCCACCCCUGUCCUCAUCUGGAACAAGGUAAAAAGAGGUCACUAUGGGGUUCAGAGAACAGAACUCUUGCCUGGUGACCGGGACAACCUGGCCAUUCAGACUCGGGGGGGGCCAGAAAAGCACGAAGUAACUGGCUGGGUCCUGGUGUCUCCUCUCAGUAAGGAAGAUGCUGGAGAAUAUGAGUGUCACGCAUCCAAUUCCCAAGGUCAGGCUUCGGCAUCAGCAAAAAUUACAGUAGUUGAUGCCUUGCAUGAAAUACCAGUGAAGAAAGGUGAAGGAGCCGAGCUAUAAACCUGAACCUGCAGAGCGUGUCAGUGUGCGCAGCUUACAGCAGUCAUGGAUAACUACAACCCCUUUUCUUACCUAAUAACCCUUUUCUUUUCAUCCAGUCCUCUAAUGCUUUAGUUACUGUAAUUGGUUUUUACACAGAAAUAACAAAAUAAAGAUAACACAUCAAAUCUA